AUGUCCAACUACGACGACGACAACGGCGGUGACUUUGGCGGACGCGGUGGAGGCCGAGGUGGGGGACGCGGGUAUAACGACAACCAGAGCGGGGGUUUCGACAGUGGAAACCAGAACCAAGGGAGCUUCGGUGGAGGGCAGGGUGGAAGCUUCGGUGGGGGGCAUGGCGGAAGCUUCGGUGGGGGGCAGGGUGAAAGCUUCGGUGGGGGGCAGGGUGGAACCCUCGGUGGAGGGCAGGGCGGAAACCUCGGUGGAGGGCAGGGCGGAAGCUUCGGUGGGGGAAAUGACAACAGCAGCUUCGGCGGCAGGAACCAAGGUAGUGACUUCGGUGGAAAUGACAGCAACAACUUCGGCGGGAACGACAGCGGCAACUUUGGCGGCAACAACAGCUUGGGUGGCAGCGACGAUAACCAGUACAGCGGAGGAAACCGCGGUGGAAACCAGAAGAGUAGUUUCGGCGGGAACAACGAUGACAGCAACUACAGCAGCGGGAACCAGGGCAGCAACUACGGCAGCGGGAACCAGGGCAGCAACUACGACAGCGGGAACCAAGGCGGCAGCUUGGGUGGAAACUACUCUGGCUCGCAAAACAGCGGUUUCGGCGGAGCCAACUCCAGCUCGCAGACUGGCGGCUCUACCGGUUCGAAGUACGGCGCUGGCUCGUCCGGCGGCGGAGACUUCCUCGAGGAAGGCAUCCAGAGCGCCGUUGGCAGCGUUGCAAACCGCUUCGGAUCGAACCUCGAUGACUCUACCAAGAGCAACAUCAGUAAUGCGGUCUCCAGCGAAUUCAGUAACCUGACUGGCGGUCGUUUUUGA